CAGCAAUGAGGUAAUUGGGGUAAACAGUAAAAAUGGCGACGUCUGUAGCCAGAGCGGAGCAGUCGAGUUUGAACGGGAUCAUUUACGAGCCCCAAACCAAAAAACUGACCGACCUGCCGACUGAGUUGCUUGAGCAUAUUCUGUGCUUCCCUGUCCUCAAACAUGUCGACGUUUGUAACGUUUCAUGCUGCUGCAAACGGCUGCAAGACGUCUGCCAUGCAAGGGGAAAGGUCUGGGAACACCAGUACAAAAUCAGAUGGCCAAGACUGCAGAGGUUUUACCGGCAAAAUGAGAGCUGUGACUGGCUUAGGGAAUACAUAACCCGGCAUAGAGUUGGUAUACAGAUACGAAGGACAGUGGAAUCAAUCUCAAAACGAUUCUUCACAGAAGUUCCAUGCGUUGGCCAGGUGCUUGGAGACAGCUUUGCAGAGAUCGAGUCACUCGGGAUGCCAGAGCACUUCAGUGAAGAUGAGCUCCUCUUCAUACUCAACUCAGAGAAGAGGAAAAGCUUGACCCUGAAAUACUAUGCAAAAAAAAUCCUUUACUUCCUGAGGCAGCAGAACAUCCUGAGGAGUCUGAAGACCUUCCUGGAAAAACCUGCAGAGCAGCAGUCAGCUUUAGAAGGUGCUGUGCUGGUGGACCAGUAUUGUAACCCACUGGCUGACAUUACACUGGAAUCCAUUUCAGAACAAAUAGAUAAUAUGGCAGAAAAAGCAAAGAAGAUGCUGAGAAUCAACAACCCGUCUCAUCCCAGCCUUCGGGUCACUAACAGUGACUGUGUGAUUGAGGACUUUGAGCUCCAGAGGCAGGUGUUGUGGGCCAUGAACGCCGUUUUGUACGAGCAGCUUCAGUACAAAGGCAAUGAGUGUGACUACUACAACCCGCUCAACUCUUACAUCCAUCAGGUGCUACUUCGGCGGACAGGUAUCCCCAUAAGCCUCUCUGUCCUUUACAUGACACUGGCCCGAAAGCUGGGCGUUCAGCUGGAGCCUGUCAACUUCCCCAACCACUUCCUGUUGCGCUGGUGCCAGAGACCAAGAGGGAGUGAGGACAUCUAUGACUUUGUCUACAUCGAUGCCUUUGGGAAAGGCAAGCAGCUGAAGGCCAAGGAAUGCGAGUACCUCAUUGGCCACCAGGUGACGGCAGACUACUACAGUGCCAUUAGCACCACAGAAGUGUUGCUCAGGAUGGUGGGGAACCUGCUCAACAUCGGGAAAAGAGGGGAAGGCAAUGAGAAAUCUUACCAGCUGCUGAGGGACUCACUGGAUCUCUACCUCACCAUUAAUCCAGAUAACGUUCAGUACUUGCUGCUGCAGGCACGCCUGUACUUCCACCUAGGAAUCUGGCCAGAAAAGGUGUUAGACAUCCUGCAGCACAUUCAGGCUUUGGACCCUUCCCAGCAUGGAGCUGUGGGUUACCUGGUGCAGCACACACUGGAGCACAUCCAGCACAAGAAGCAUCCGGUUACUCCUGAGGUGAAGAGGCGCAACGCUCCAGAACACCUGGAGGUCCAGUAUUCAGUCGGCCUUAUUAUGAAGCAUAAGCGGUCGGGCUAUAACUGUGUGAUUUACGGCUGGGACCCGAAAUGCACCAUGAGCCAGGAGUGGAUCACCACCAUGAGGGUCCACCAGUUGUCCAGUGGAGCUAACCAACCUUUCUACAAUGUGUUGGUACAGGACGGGACGUGUCGCUAUGCAGCUCAGGAGAACCUGGAGCCCCACUCAGCUCCUCUUGAGAUUGGGCACCCAGAGGUGGGCCGCUACUUCUCAGAGUUUGCAGAAACCUACUACGUUGCCAAUGAAGAAUUGCAGACACGAUACCCAGAGGACAUGGGGGAAACCCUGGGCACAGUGCAAGAGCUCUACCACAGGAUGAGUCCUGGAUCUGGGAGCAGAGAUGAGGCUUCUGCCACUGACCAAACCAGGCAGCAGUCCAAGUCAAUGUAGCAAGUGGUCCUGAUGACCAAGGCUAACAAAUAACUGAUUUCCCUUUCUCAAUUUACAGUCAACUUAGCUGAUCCCUUGUUGCAUUCGGACCAGGACAAGUGUUAGAGUUCUGUUUACCUUUUGUUUUGAAGAAGAUGGAAAGAGAGUCACUGUUGUUACUUUGAUACAUGUGUCCAAAUCCCACCAUGUAGCUGCUGUAAAAUUCAAGUCCAAUGAAUCCAAAAAACCAUUUAUACAUAAUGCAACACAUGCUUAUUUUUAACCCAGUCAAAAAGCUGAGUUUGAUAAAAAAAAAAAAAAUGCCACCCAAAAAUACAGAAGAGAAUGAAAGACUUGAACUUGAAGUAAGCAGUUAGGUUUACUAUUAAAUACAGGAUGUGUAUCCAGGUGCUGUAAAUCCCUCCUGCCUAAAAUCAAGGAAUGCUUCUGUUCCCACGUUUCCCUGCAUCCAGCACCAGUCUGCAGAGUAGAAAUGUAGUGCCACACAAGAAAACUAAAGAAAACAUUGUGAUAAAGUUUUAACUCUCCAUGUUUUAACAGAGUAUCAUGCACUUAUGAAAGUCUGACUUUCACAUUCCUACAUUUACCUUUUAUUCUGUAUAUAUACAAGUGAAAUAUGUAUGAUGCCAAGACUCAGGAUGUCAUGAAAUGCCAAGACGGCGACGACUUGAAACAGAAAUGAGUCUGAGCUUGGUGAAAACUACAAAAAAUAAAGUGGUUCAAGUCUUUCUGUUUUUCUCUCUAAAAUAAAUAAACUAAACUUUU